GCCGAAUUGCAGACGGCUCACGGCGCGUCCUCGAAGACUUGAGGCCCCACGGGCUGUUCGAGUUGAAAGUCGGUGCCCUCGAAUGGUUACCUACUCGGGAGUCGAAUGGUUCGGGGAGACGAAGAUCAUGUUGCAGAACCCGAUGAGCGUUGAUGUGGAACAUGAGCUGCCCAACAGUGUCCGUAUACGCAGUAGGUAUACCAGAAGCCAGCCAUGAGUCGCAGGUCGAUGUAUCGUGUACGAGCCGGCGCUUUCGAGCUGUGCCGCAUGUUGCGCCUCAACCGCCAGGGGAGGCGGUAUCAAACACCUGGUUCUCUCCCUGCGACGUCACCGCAUCGCGAGUACACAUGCUUGUCACCUGUCGAGACCACCGCCGCCGGUCAGGUGACUUGGAGUCUUGACCGACCCGGCCGACAGGAGCGGCCUUUCUAACUGCGCCCCGCAAGGGAAGAGCUCCAACAGCUCCAUCAAUUUUCAAGUUCAACCCCGUUGCGCAAACGCCGCCGUUGUCCAGAAGAGGCUUGAAGUGUUGCGACGAGGCCUAGGACGUGCAAGACUAAGACCAAGAUGUACGGAAUAGAAUCAGAC